UUCGGUCUGAUUUAUUUAGCCUCACCGCAGGAUGCUCCCGUUCGAGAAGACACCAAUUUCGUAAUUAAAGUGGAGUUUCAUGAAAAUGGGCCUUUGUUCACAGAACUGAAAUUUUAUCAAAGGGCUGCAAAACAAGAAAGCUGUAAGUUUUAUUACCUUACUGUACCAUAUACCCCUGCUACAUGCUACACCAAGCCCCCCAGGUACUAAUCUGCAGUUCUCUGUAAUAUAAAUCUGUUUGUUUUAGUAGGCCCUAAAUAAUGCCAGUUCAGUUGGCAUGGACUGCUGCAGAAGUUUGAGUUUUCUGGGUUUAUUCUUAUCAGGGAGCAGAACCUUCUUUUGCGCUAAUACAAAGUAAAAUAGCCAGUGUAGUAUUAAAACACAUUAGUGUCCACUAAAAGGGUAUUUUUAACCACAUAGGUGAGUAAGGCUUAGCCAUUAUAACAUGGUUUUCUUUUGGCCUCCUGGUCUGAAAGAUGGUGGGCCCAAUGUACACUAACUUGGACAGCUUAUUGGGAAAACAGAGGAGGGCGGUAGCUCUGCUUUUAGCGGUGCUGCGGGCGGACAGCACCGCGCUGAUUAAGUGGCAGCGGAUGAAAAUGAUCUCUGCUAGUCAAAUUAAUAAGCCAAGGCAAACAUGUACCCCUGUGCUCGUUAGCGCAAUCCCAGCUUGUUUUGACUCUAAUUUUUAGAGGAUGACCAAAUUGCAAAUAAUGAUGCUGAUUCUUCCAGGGGAGCCUCUGACCACCUGUCUAGCUGGUGUUGAGCCAGCCUGGCCUGCUGUAGCAGGAUGGCUGUCCACAUUUACUGUGGUGGGGGCGUGGGGGUGGAUGCAGGUGGACAGGGCACCUGGAAGGCUGAUGAGCUGUACGAAAGUGGAAGAGGGAGCGAAGAUUAAACUUUCUUGGGAUUCCAAACUACUGGGGCUCUGGACUGUCUGAACAUCAAGGGAUACGCUACAGGUUCAUGGUGGUGGACCGUUUAGGCGCUGACCUGCAGAAGGUGUGUCAACGGAAUGGCAGCAAGCUGAAGAGGCAGACGGUCCUGCAGCUGGGCUGUCGCAUGUUGCACGUGUUGGAGUACAUCCAUGAACAUGAAUAUGUCCAUGGUGACAUCAAGGCUGCCAACCUGUUGCUUGACUACGACGACCCCAACAAGGUGUACCUGGCUGACUAUGGGCUCUCCUAUAGGUAUUGUCCUCAUGGUGUUCACAAGGAGUACAAAGAAGAUCCUAAGAAGAGACACAAUGGUACGACUGAAUACACAAGUAUGGAUGCUCACAAUGGAGUAGCUCCCUCUAGGCGCAGUGACCUGGAGAAUCUGGGAUACUGCCUGCUCCACUGGCUGUGUGGGACACUGCCCUGGGACCCGGUGCUGAAGAACCCAGUGCUCGUCCAGGAGGCCAAAGCCAGGCUGAUGGCCAACCUCCCUGAUUCAGUGCUGGAGCUACCUGGCAGUGGUAUGGAGGAGGUGGCAGUGUUCUUGAAGUGUGUGAAUUCCCUGGCGUACAAAGAAAAGCCGGACUACCAGAUGCUCCUAGACAUCCUGUCAGGUGGAGAAGCCCGAGUGGAGGGCCUGCUGGACUUCUCCAGACCAGGAGUACAGGCGGUGAGACCUCCGCCAGCCAGACGUGCAGGAGAUGCCAGAUCCAAAAUCGCGCCUUUUGAUGGGAAAGCGACAGCUGCAAGUCCCGCAGCCCGGCCGUCUUCCCCGGUGCAGGCACGUGGCAGGACAGCUAAGGCAGCACCGCGGCCAAGGACCCCGGAAACAGAGCCCAGGCCCCGUCCUUUGAGAGGACAGGCCUAUGCCACACCCACUGAACAGAAACCUAAGAUGUCACUGGUCAGACAUGCUCGUAAACAGCCACAGCAACCAGAAGCAGACACCCAGAGGCUCAGGUGGACAGAAGAACCUGAAGAUUUGGAGGAGCACGGGGAGCCGGUCCUACAGCAGCUCGCAAGAGACCGGGGCCCGAGCUGGGCGCUGAAACUCUAUAGUGCCCUCAUUACGGUCCUCUUCCUUGUCCUCCUUGCUCUGCUUACCCUUUGAUGUUGAUGGUAAUAGGUCUGUUUUCAUGGCUUUGGUACAGCCAUUUUCACAGUAAUGGGCUACAACAGAUAAACAUAUGAUUAUCAGAACCGAAAUACAAAAAAACACAUAGAACUAAAAACAAUGAUUUCAGUAUAAAUGUACUGACUGACACCAUUAGUAAAACACUGUUCCCUGCCAGUCAGGGGCAGUAGGAGUCUGGUGCCAUAGAGCAUACCUUACUGCAGUAGGGGCAUUCUCCAAAUACCAUGCUGAAGCUUUGGCGGCUGGUAGGCAGGCCUCUCAGCCACUGUGGGGCAGAAGGAGGCUCUCAUUACCACUGGAGUAGGGGUUAGUGUUUUGGUUCAAAUACACAAGUAGGGUAUGGGUUUGGAUUUUUUGUUACUGAUGGGAUAUAGAGCUGGCAUGGAGAUAAAUAUUAACAUCAUUUGCCAAUUUUCCAACUCUUUGGGAUUGGUACUUACUUCAGGGACAAAACUUUAAGAAUAAGUUAUGACUUGUGUCUCUCUUAAUACAUUACUUGUUCUUAAAUGAAUGUAUAUUAAAGGAGAUUUUACAACC